GAUUAUGAUGACCUAGACAGCAACGGAGGUCGUUCCGACUUUCGUCCUCGGUUUCGCAAUGAGUGGAAUGCUGGAAGGCACGGCAAUCGGCGACACCACCAGGGUAUAACCAAUCCUGAAGUUGUGCGUCGAGUAAUGGUGGGUGACAACACUGGAGGUGGAACUGGAGUUGGUCCGAUGUCCGGCACGAAUUGCGGGCUAGCUCCUGGUGAGACUUGGAUGCGUGUCAACGUUGUGCACGGGGCAUCCAUACCCCUAGACUUCUUGAGAGAAAAUUUGGGGGCCGCCCUGGGAACACCCAUCCGAAUAUACAACGCCAACCUGAAAGGGGAGAAUCGAGUAUUUUUCUUCAAAAUGCGUGCCAAAAAGCUUGGCACCCACCGCAAGGCAGUAAAUGGUAUUGUAAAUCCAAACACAGGGGCUCCUCUCGUCUGUGACAUCAAUCCUUGUCGUGAGCCCGAGGUCCCUCUCAACGUUUCGGAUGCAUCCGCUGGGUCUGCCCCUGCCCUUUUACCCUCCUCCUGGAUGGAUGCAUUGCGGGAGUGUUUCAGAGAACGCUUCCAGGCCACUACUCGCGUUCUAGACCUUUCGAGCCUCCACACCGAUCUCACACUUCUCAGCAAAGGCUUCUACAUACCUUUGGACAAGACUCCUGUUUUCUCGUCCUUCGUAGCCAUCCUUCAGGAAAACAAUGCACAACUGGCUAUACUGAAUUUGUCAAAUAAUCGGCUACGUCAUGUACAACCCUUUGAAGAUAUGGCCAAAUCGAUGGGGCCUCCAACUUACUCAAUCGAGCGUAUAGAUUUGAGUGCUAACGCCCUCACCCAAGUACGCAACCUUGAGGCACUGAAGCACGUUCCUGGUGUCUGCCACCUCGAUGUCACAGAGACGCCAUUAUCAGGUCGUCUGUCCAAUCCAAAUCACGCCAAGUUUAUGGAAGCUCAAAUCGUGCGGAUCCUUCCUGCUCUGAAGACUCUUAACGGUAAUCCCAUCAAGGUGACAGUGGAAUUUGCAAUCGAGCACGCGUCAAACGCAAGCACAGUCACUCGUGGGCCGCGAUUUCCGCUUCCAAAGACAAUUCAAGGCUACUUUCCGAAUGAAGAAAUCAGGAUUCCUCUUCUAACGUUUCUUAAAGAAUACUUCUCGCGUUACGACUCCAGUCCACGCGGUGAAAACAUCUACUCCUACUACACAUCGGCUUCAACGCUGACCAUGUGUUUGAACCCAGCUUCGCAGUUUUCUGGGAAAAGCGUCUCCGAAACAAUCGAGGCGAAUGAUGGAUCGUCGCAAAAAACGGUGUUGCUGACAAAUAACCUCGACGACGCUUACUUCAAACAAAAUCGAAAUCUUUUGCGUUGUAAAGAUGAACAUAAGAGACACGAACUCAUUUGCCAAGGCUCCCUUGAUAUCGCCUCGGCUCUUGGAAAGCUGCCCGCCACCGAGCAUGUUCUCGAGUCAUUCUGUAUUGACGUCAUUUUUCAUUCAGAAUCUCAAAUCCUCUUUAAUGUGAGUGGCGUUUUCUACGAGAUCAAAAGAGGUGCUGGUUCAAAUGCUCCCUUACAGAAGGUGCUGCGCUGUUUUGCGCGUUCAAUGAUACUCGUUGCUCCCGGCUCUCAGAUACUUCAGGAUGACAUAAUUUUCUCAAAUCCGAGUGAAUCCCUCAUUCAGCGUUACAUCCGAGAUGUUAAGAAACGAGCAAGCACCUCUGGCGUUUCCCGUUCAUCGGCACCGAUGAUCCCCCCAUCAGUUCCUGCAGGUGCCAAUGAGCGGGAGGUGAUGCUAUCUGAAUUUCGUCGCCAAACCGGUAUGAACAUGGCGUUUUGUCGUCAGUGUCUGGAGGAGUUUGGUUGGCAAUUCGACACUGCCCUCUCCAGUUUCCAGUCGAUGCACGCCGCUGGCACGAUUCCCCAAGCGGCUUUCGCCCCUGAUUAG